UUGUCUUGUCAUUGGCGAAUAAUCAACAACAAAAUUUCUUUUAGGUGAAACACAUCUCUUCCAAAAUGUCUGGUGAAACACAAGAAAAGAUUGGGAAGAGAGGCAGAGUAGCGAUUGUGGUUCUUGGUGAUCUUGGCCGCAGCCCUCGGAUGCAGUAUCAUGCUCUUUCUCUUGCUCGCCAGGCAUCUCUUCAGGUGGACAUUGUUGCCUAUGGGGGUUCUGAUCCCCAUGCUGCUCUUUUAGAGGAUCAAUCUAUUCAUAUUCACAAAAUGGCUCAAUGGCCAACAGUUCCCAAGGGUUUGCCGAAGAUAAUUUAUCCUUUGCUGCUUCUACUUAAGCCAUUAUUUCAGUUCUUUAUGCUUCUUUGGUUUCUGUGUGUUAAAAUACCUUCUCCAGAUGUUUUCAUUGUGCAGAAUCCACCUUCUGUUCCAACAUUGGUUGCUGUAAAAUGGGCAAGCAGGCUGAGGCGUUCUGCAUUUGUUGUUGAUUGGCAUAAUUUUGGAUAUACUCUACUGGGUUUGUCCCUUGGAAGAAGCAGUCGUUUUGUGGCAGUAUACAAAUGGAUUGAGAAGCAUUAUGGAAAGAUGGCAAAUGGUUCCUUAUGUGUUACUAAGGCAAUGCAGCAUGAAUUAGCUCAGAACUGGGGAAUCAACGCAACUGUUUUAUAUGAUCAGCCUCCUGAAUUUUUUCGUCCUGCUUCACUUCAGGAGAAGCAUGAGUUGUUUUGUAGACUAAAUGAAGAACUUGUUCAUCUUCAUGGUGUUUAUGAUUGUGUCAAUACUGGAAACCUAGGUAUCAGUAGCAGUGAUUUGAAUGAGACUCUCUUUACAACCCGAAUUGAUAGUGGCAUUUUCUUGAAGCCGAACCGGCCAGCCCUCAUUGUUAGUAGUACAAGCUGGACGCCAGAUGAAGAUUUUGGUAUGCUAUUGGAAGCAGCAGUUAUGUAUGAUAGGCGUGUUGCUGCAAUCUUAAAUGAGGAUGACUCAACUGAAAAAGAAGAUUUUUGGAAAGAAGUCAACAGUGGGAGACAAUACCCAUACCCAAGGUUGUUGUUUAUUAUUACUGGUAAAGGGCCAGAAAGAGAGAAAUAUGAAGAGAAAAUAAGGAGGUUACAUCUGAAACGUGUGGCUUUCCGUACUAUGUGGCUAUCUGCUGAGGAUUAUCCAUUACUUCUUGGAUCAGCAGAUUUGGGGGUUUGUCUUCAUACAUCCUCUUCUGGCUUGGACCUCCCCAUGAAGGUUGUGGAUAUGUUUGGGUGUGGAUUGCCAGUUUGUGCUGUUUCAUUCUCAUGCAUUGAGGAGCUUGUUAAAAAUGAGAAAAAUGGACUUCUCUUUUCGUCAUCAUCCGAGCUGGCUGAUGAACUCCUGAUGCUCUUUAAGGGUUUCCCUAAUGAAUGUGAUGGCCUGAAGUCACUGAGGAGUGGUGCUUUGCAAACAGGAUCUUCUGCCAGAUGGGCUACAGAGUGGGAGGAGCAUGCUAGACCACUAAUAUCUGAGGUCAUCUCUAAAAACUGCACUUGAUGUCUAGUUGAAGUUCCAUUCAUUUCAGCAGAAGUAAAUGUUUGGAGAAUCUUUAUUGGAAGUUCUUAAGACAGAAAAGAACUAUGAAUCAUCUACAGUACUCUUCAAUUUGAAGGCAAAACAGGCAAUAAUAUUUGAGAGAUUAGACCAGCUUGUCAUCUACAAUAUUUAGAAGAGAGAAUUAU